UCUAUUUCCGCUCACCCUGUCUCCUCUACCAUCUAUGUUACUAUUGUCGCUUUUUUUUUUUUUUCUGCUCAUGACUUGCAUUUAUCUUCUUCUUUUUUCGCCGACAUGUGUCCAUUGAAGUGGAACAUUCAUGCACAUGGGAAGUCUCGGCAUAUCUUCUUCUGUUUCCUUCGCAUUUUCCUAUUUCAGUCAUGGGAGGUUUCGAAAAUUUCUGGAGUCCGGGCAUGUUUUACUGGGCAGUGUUUAUCUGCUCUUGAUGCUUGCUUUGAGAUACGCCGGGCUGAAAUUCUUUCCACGACCAUAGAAUGUUCAUCCGGGUUAUUUGCUUUUAAUACCGUGGUAUUGUUUACCCUUCUUGUGUCGAUGUUUAGUACGAAUGAAACCAGAAAACCCAAAAAGGAUAAACAGCUCCUUUCUCUUCUUCCUACAUUUCCAACCUUUUUCACUCAAACUCAACCGAACGGUCCUUCCCCAGACGGUGGGGGAGAUGCUCGCACUGCUACGAGGACUUGAUAUAGGCGUCUCUGCUGACUUGGCCUGGUUACCCUGGGCUUGAUGGUGACGCCUAGUUGGUGACGCCUUGCUGACAUUCCGUCUUUCUUUGCUUUUCAUACCGGUG